AUGGUCGCCAUGUUCCAGUGCUUCAAGAACGGAUCGAGAAGCCCGGGCAGAAGCCAUGCUCCCGCCCCCCAACCCCGACAAAACUGGUUCCAGACCAUCCGAAACAUCUUCCGGAACAGGAAGACACGACCAGAUGAAGAACAAGGUCUCAUGACCCCACCGUCAACGCAGCAACAGAAUGUCCAGGCCUAUGGUACCUUCUACGUCCAUGGGAACGUUCAAGUCAGCCCGGCCAUCAUUGAACAGGCUUCCUCUGAUCCUAACGUCCACAUCGGCGAUUUUCGUGAGUUCUUUCCAGGCUUCGAUGGAGCACCAAUCACUCCUGUCUCCCCAAUUGUCUCGGCCACAUCUGCUCCGACACAGCAAGACGCCGUGUCUCCAGUCACAGCUUCGGUGUACUCUUCAACUAAGUCGAGCUCAGCAAAACCCAAACUUGAGCCCACCCCCGAGAGCUUCGCCAGCGAAUAUACCGUUGUCAAAACACUUGCACGAAACAAUGAAGGCCCCGUCCAUCUUGUCAAAAGCAAGGCUUCUGGUGAGAUGUUCAUCAUCAAGCAGAUGCGCUACGGCACGGCUCCCGAUGGCACUCGGCUUGACCCAGAUGAGGUCUACAUGAUGUCGCAAAUCAAAUCCAAUCAUCCCAGCAUCGUCCGACGCGAGGACAUCAUUGAUGAUCUCCCUAGAGGAAUUGCGAACAUGGUCCUCGAGUUCUGUUCUGCUGGUGACCUCGACAAUCUCAUCAAGAAAUGCCAAGGCGAAAGGCAGAACAUCCCUGAGCCCAUCGUCCUCUCUGUCACAGCAAGCCUCAUUGACGCGAUGGCGUUCCUCCACCAUGGUGAAGUCCGCUAUGAUGCUGAUACGAGUAGGGCCACCAUACGAAGCGACAACGGGCAGAAACCCAUCCUCCAUCGCGACAUCAAGCCUGGCAACAUCUUCCUUAGAUGGUCUGAUGACAACUGUGGCAUCCCACAGGCUGUCCUUGCGGACUUCGGGCUCGCCACCCUCAAGGAGCACAGUGAGAUUGAAGGCGCCUGCGGAACAGACAUUUACUACGCGCCCGAGUUCAAGGGAAAUCUAUGGACUCCGGGAAUCUGCAGCGAGAAGAGUGACAUCUACGCCCUUGGCGUCACGCUCUUCGAGCUCAUAACGGGCGUUCCCUUCAAACCCGAGCGCCACAACAUCACGCGAGGUUUUGUAUGUUCUUCGGUAAGAGACCACCCACGCUUCCUCUGGCUCCUCCAGUCUUGCCUCGCCACCGACUCGAAGAAGCGGCCCGGCGCUACUGACCUUCACAGAACCUCGUACGUCUUCAAAGAGCACGUUCGAGAGUGGUAUGAGAAUGGUGGUAGAAUCCCCGCUGACUUUUGGCCUGUGCCGUUCGCCAAUGACCACCCGAUCCGCCAAAGACGAUCAGCAUCGCAGCGAGGCUCCGCCAGCUCCCCGCCGCACUACUCCCAGGUCUCGUCACCUGUCUCGACGAAUGCUCCCUCCAUGACUGACGCGGUUGCAAAUCUUCCACCGCUUCGUCGUGUUGGCAGACACCAAGACCUUCAAGCCGCGGCCGGAGCGGAGUAUGCACAAGAGAUUGCUGACAUCCCAGGACCGUUCACGUCACCUUUCCCAAGUGCUGGAACCGAGUCUAGUGUCCAAUCGACGGAUGAGAGCGCUCAGGCUACAGCAGGAGCACAGGCUCCUCGGAGCUACUUCUCUUGGCACUCUUAUGAUUGUGUGUAG